AUGGAAGAUCCCCAGGCUCUAAUCCAGCAGGCCGAGAAGCUCGUAUCAAAGGGCAGCGGUGGCUGGAGCUUCCUGGGCGGCUCGGACGACAAAUUCUGGGACGCUGCUCGAUUAUUCAAGGAGGCAGCUCAGGCAUACGAGCGACAGGGCCAGAAUAUCGAGGCCGGCAAGACAUACGAACGAGCCGCCGCCGUACGAGAGAAGAACCUCAAAGAACUGGGCGACGCUGCGGACAGCUACGUCGAGGCCUCCGACGCCUACCGAAGAGAUGAUCCCGAGGCGGCGAUCCGAUGCCGAGAAAGGGCCUUUGCUCUGAUCCAACAGUCGACCAGCGAGAGCAAGCAGACGAGGCUGUCUAGAGUCAAGGAGAUCCUUGGUCAGAUUUAUGAGCAUGACCUGAAGGACCUGAAGAGGGCGCGCGAGGCCUACAAGGAGGCUGCUGAGCGGCUACCGAAGGCGAGAGAACUGAAUGCCAAUAAGCUAUUCACCCAAUACGCCGAUCUCGCCGCCCUCGACGAGGACUACUACGUCGCCAUCGAAACCUACGAUCGCAUCAUCAACUCCAUGAUUGGCAACCAGACCAUGAAAUGGAGUCUCUCCACCUACUGCUUCAAGGCCGGCGUCUGCCACCUCGCCACCGGCGACCUGGUCGGCACCCGCCGCGCCGUCGAGAGCUACCGCCAAAAGGACGCCGAGUUCUCCUCCCAGUACAAGUACAAGCUGAUUGAGGAUCUGUGCGGCGCCGUCGAGGCCCACGACCAGGAUCAGUUUGGCGAGCUCUUGUUCCAGUUUGAUCGUACGAGCAGGCUGGAGCCGUGGAUGACAGCGAUCCUGGUCAAGGUGAAGAAUGCCAUUGAGGCGCCUGAUGAUGAGUUUGCGUAA